CCCGGUUCUGUCUCCCACGACGGCAAAAUGCGAAAGUUGUUCUUGGGACGAUUCCAAAGGGGCCAGUUUGAAGAACGCCGCUACCCGAGGGGCGUCCUCAUGUUCCGGAGCAGUGACCUCCCCAAAGGGCGGAGUUCCCGGCCCGUCGAGCCCUCCUUUAUCCUCCAUCAGGGGGGCGGCUGGGUCUUCGGCCUCCCCACCCCUCAAUCCACCCCGGAGCCUUCGAGGAAACGAUGCCACGCCUCGGACGUCUCUCUCCGAGGGGGGCACCCAGCUCCGCCUCUGCACCCCUGUCGCUCCCCCUCCCACCUCCCACCUCCCAGGGCUGAAGGGCGAGCGGGGGCAGACGCUCGAUCGGGGCGUCCCCGCGGCCGCGGGCUCCCGCAGGCUCCCCUGGGCCCCGAGUUGUGGUCGGGACUCCUCGGUCGCGGGUGAUUGUCGGGUCCCCACGGGCCCGGGUCGCCGGGGCGGGUCAGGCCCCCGCGCCUUCUCAGGGCGCCCCACCCGGCCGCAGGCAAGAUGAACCUCCUGGCGCCCGUGCGGAGGGACCGCGUCCUGGCGGAGCUGCCCCAGCACCUGAGGAAGGAGGCCGCCUUGCACGUGCGCAGAGACUUCCACCCCCGGGUCACCUGCGCCUGCCAGGAGCACCGGACCGGCACCGUGGGCAGAUUUAAGAUCUCCAAGGUCAUUGUGGUGGGGGACCUGUCGGUGGGGAAGACUUGUCUCAUCAAUAGGUUCUGCAAAGACACCUUUGAUAAGAAUUACAAGGCCACCAUUGGAGUGGACUUUGAGAUGGAACGAUUUGAGGUGUUGGGCAUCCCCUUCAGUCUGCAGCUCUGGGAUACCGCUGGACAGGAGAGAUUCAAAUGCAUUGCAUCAACCUACUACCGAGGAGCUCAAGCCAUCAUCAUUGUCUUCAACCUGAAUGAUGUGGCCUCCCUGGAACAUACCAAGCAGUGGCUAGCUGAUGCACUCAAGGAGAACGACCCUUCCAGCGUGCUUCUCUUCCUUGUGGGUUCCAAGAAGGACCUGAGUACUCCUGCUCAGUAUGUGCUAAUGGAGCGAGACGCACUCAAGGUGGCCCAAGAGAUGAAGGCUGAGUACUGGGCAGUCUCGUCUCUCACUGGUGAGAAUGUCCGGGAAUUCUUUUUCCGUGUGGCGGCACUGACCUUCGAGGCCAACGUGCUGGCUGAGCUGGAGAAAUCAGGGGCCCGGCGCAUCGGGGAUGUUGUCCGCAUCAACAGUGAUGACAAUAACCUCUACCUAACUGCCAGCAAGAAGAAGCCCACAUGUUGCUUGUGAGGGACUGCCCAGUCCUGGGGCACUGUGCCACUUUGACUUGCCUGGAACUCUCUCCCUGGACAUCUGCACUGACUGUUAGUCCAAACCAAAGAGCUGCCCGUUGGUGGCAGUACCCCCCGAGGGGUAGUUGGGACCAUGCUAGCCACUUCCUGCCCCUGGGCACCAUACCAAAGACUGGGUGCCCCGUGGUGGGGAGGUGGUCCCUGCCGCUUUUGCUCAACAUGCUGGGCCUUUGGGGUAGGAGGAUGCUAAAUGAUCCCAGCCUCACACUGUGCCUUAUGCAUUAAAAUCUCUGUUAUUAGCA